GCCCGGCCGCCGCCGCGGAAAGCUGCCUCCGGGGAGGAGGAGGAGGGGCCGGCACAGGGAGGGAGACGCGAGAGGAGGCACAGGCGCACGCACGGCCCCCCGCGGUUGAUGGGCGCCCCCCCCGCCCCGGACCCGGCCCUCGGCUCCUGCGGCCCCUCGCCGGGGAGAAAGGACUGAUCUGCAAGGUUGGGGAUUAAGAAUCAUGUUGCACGAAGCAAAGGACAGGCAGAAGUUCGUCAGUGAUGUACAAUAUCUCCGGGACAUGCAGCAUAAAGUGGACUCUGAAUAUCAGGCUUGCCUGAGAAGACAGGAAUGCAGGAAAGACUCCAAUGAGAAGAAACACGAUCAAUUUUGGGGGCAAGAGAACAAUCACGAGAGAUCCCGGUUUUCGAGCGGGUCAUCUUCCAAGCAGAGUUGUGAAGAGGAAGAACCUGAAGCCGAGGAACCAAGAUCACCUACCAAGAUUUCUGGGGCUAAGAGUGAUUCCAGACUUCCAGCCAUUGAACAAACAUCAGUCAAGCAGAAACAUAAAAGCACCAUGACCCCCAGGAAACCAGAGAAAGCAGGCCCCAGCAAACCCUCCACAGCAACCCAGGCGCCACAGAUAUUAUCAAAAAAGAGGAGGCCAAACCUGGGGAGACUGACAGUCAGCCCAGAAAUGCAGAGCCUGAGAGCAUCUGGGGAGCGAGGCAGGCAGAAGCUGCAGCAGCCAGCGAAAGCGCCAGCCCUCAGGAGAGCAGAUCCAAUAGCCCAACAAGAAAGCCCGACAUGGACAAGUGACACUAAGCCAAAGAGGACGACCCGAGAGAGAAGAAACUUGGUCCCGUCAUCCCAGAAAACCAUGGUGCCUGACAGUACCCCCGAGAGGGCCCGAAAAGUAGACCCCAGUGCGCUCUCCCCCAGCGAGGCCCCUCCAGCCCUAUCCCAGGUCUUCCUGGGAGCAAAUUCCCCUCACUCGUCAUCAAGCGAGUCCUUGGGGCCACCGCUCAUGGCUGCCGUGGGGGGGCCUCGGAGGGCACCAUUUAGGUUCAGAGAUGAAGACUUCUAUUCCAUUUUAUCUCUCAAUGCUGGGGGAGAAGACAACGACACUGACGAGGAAACCCAGGUGGAGGAGGAGCUGCUGCUGGUUGGCAUGCACGCCCUCCACUCUCCUUCCAGUCACAAGAGAAGUCGAGUUCUUGGGGCUCCCGCCACUCUGGGCAAAAACAAAAAUUUCGAAGGACAUCCUAAAAACUGCAGGGCUCACGACGUGAGAAGUGAGUCUAGUCACAGCUCACUGAGAACAAGCCAGGCCCCAGAGCCUGUGCCUGAGCAGCUUCCUCUCGGGCCAAGGAUGGCCCCAGAGCCCGCGCUGUCCUGUGGGGUCGCUGCUAAAGAGAACAGCAGUGAUGACAGUGAAGAUGAGGGAAAGGCCUUUGACUCGUGGGACACCAAGGCCAAGCCCAGACUGGAUGAGCCCAGUGCUGAAGGUGUGCCCGGUGACUGUUCUCCUCUGGGAAGCAGGCCCAGCCCCCACAAUUACCAAAGAGACUGGCAAGCCUAUUUAAACAGCUCUAGUAGUUCCCUGGACUAUUUUCUUUCGGGUAGACUGAUACCACCAAGACCACCCAUGAGCUCCCCCUACAACACUCCUGGGUCAUUAAUACCUGCUGGUCUGAGCAACAAUUUCCCAGUGGACCUGCUGGCACCACCUACUUCCACUCACAGUUCAGACGCAGAAGGGAACUCAAGAUUUAGUGUGCGUCGGCCACUGUCCCCCAUUAGAAAUAGGAACCCACUGGCCAGGACUGACCACCACAGUCAUCUUCCAGUAGACAACGUGCCUGAAUUUGAUGGCAGGGGAGCAGAAGAUACGACUUUGAGAAACCAGUCUCAGGGGGCACCGUUAUACACCGAAAGUCUCUUAGUAAAUCCUCAAAGCAGCUCAUCCCUGGUGGAAUCUUCCAGUUCCUCUCCACCCGAGAGGAUGGAGAACUUACAGGACCACCUGCAUGUGUCGGGGUCCCUGCAGGAAAAUAUACGUUUGACCUUCUUUACAGUGUCCAAUUUCCCAAGUCACAGUGACGGUGGGAGCAGAAUGGCAGUGUCUGGAUCCACAGAUAAGGAAGCCACAAAAAUUAAAGCUGACCCUGAGAAACUCAAGAGAUUGCAAGAAAGUCUCCUGGAGGAGGACUCCGAGGAGGAGGGAGACUCGUGUCGCAUCUGUCAGAUAGCUGGGGGUUCCCCCACCAACCCCCUCCUGGAGCCGUGUGGCUGUGUGGGAAGCCUGCAGUUUGUUCAUCAAGAAUGCCUGAAAAAGUGGCUGAAAGUGAAAAUAACCUCAGGAGCUGAUCUGGGGGCCAUAAAGACCUGCGAGAUGUGCAAGCAAGGGCUGCUGGUGGACCUGGACGACUUUAACGUGACGGAGCUUUACCACAAGCACCAGCAGUCCCGGGCACAGAACGAGCUGAUGAAUUCAGGCUUGUACCUGGUGCUGCUGCUGCACCUCUACGAGCAGAGGUUUGCGGAACUCAUGAGACUCAACUACAACCGCAUCAGGCGCGAGAGGUUGUCAAGAAAUUACCCACAACCCAGACCGGAAGAAAAUGAAAAUUCCGAGUUGGGAGAUGAAAAUGAAAGCAGAGUUGAUCAAAGCAACAGCCGGGUCGUCUAGCAAGGGAGUUGGCCGUGGAGCUUGGCCAAGACUCUCCCUUCAGUCGCCCUUGCUAUGUACCCACGAGCCCCUUCCUCCUCCUCUUCUCUGAAACUGAAACCAGUAUGUUCACAGUUACUCUUGUCAUCUAAGCCACUCUCUUCUUGGGGUCUGUCUUGAGGACCGAUGCAGCGACAGAGACCAGCUCAGUCCCAGGCAGCACAGGCCAAGCAGCCUGGGCUCACCGAGCUCCCCCAGGGUGCUCUGCUGCCGCCCCUCAGGCCAGAAGCCCAGGGGCCCCAGCAGUCUUAACAGGCCCAGCGGCCUGCAGAGGGCGCCUGCUCAGGCCUCACUCCACCCCCAGCGGGAUCGAGCCGCGUGUACAGUAAACUGGCUUUU